AUGGCUUCUAAUAACUCCUCAGGUCUCAAGCGCUUGUUCGGCGGGACAUCUACUCGUCUUCGGGAAGUCGAUAGAGUUCUCGCUGGUAUCCGCCGCCAUUUCAAGUCGGCGACCUCCAGCCACGCACCCGAUUCUUCUAAUCGUCGUGGCUCCAAACGACAAACGGGAGAUAUUCAGCUCGACAGGCAACUGGCUUUUGGCGAAGUGGUUUGGAACAUUCGAACGUCGACCAGAGCUGUUGUCAAUCUCGCUGACAAGAGGAAGUCGGCUCCGUACUUAAUACCGGACGUCAAGCUUUCGUUCGAAGACGUGCAUCGGGCAUACCGCAGAAAGGUCGACCCUACCGGCGGUCUGUUCGAGACAAUUGUCGGCGUACCUCCGAACGAGAUCAAACAACCUGCCCUUGUCGCUCCUCUGUCUCGCAAGGAGCGCCUUGGCCGGCUCGUGGACAAAGUGACUCUGCGCAAAUGUCGUGACCGUCAUGUCAAUAUUCCCAGCGUCUUGCUCGGGUCGUCGCCGGUACCGAAGGCGACUUCACUCAAGUCCAGUUCUGUCGCGUCCUGUUACCUCAAAAUUCUUUCUUCUGCUAAGGCUAAGGCUAAGCCGUCUCCAACUGCUCCGUACAGUCUCAGGUGGAGGUCAAACAGGCGUCAUGUCCAAUCCCGUGAUCAGCCCCUUCCCCCGAAGGAGAUGCAGAAAGCCGCCGCUGUCCUCACUGACGACAUAUUUGAUUCUGUCGAGGCUGCACGCGGUGUAGUUGCAGGGGAAGAAGUGCAGUUCCAGGCACCUGUUGUCAAAUAUAGGCGCAAGUACCGCAGUCCUGAGACACCAACUCCGCUGGGAGUAGGCUACUUCGUGAGCGAGCUGGAUCUAGGACGUAUAUAUUGGUCCCGUUAA